CAUUUUCUGUCGUUCCAUCACAGUAGUUGAGCGUGUGACUUUAGUUGGGUCCAUUGAAGAGUAGAUUGGUUUUUGGUUACAUCACCUGAAUGAAUCUCUCUCCAGUUUUAUUAUUUUAUCACCGUUUCAGAUCUUCCUUUUCUUGAUUCUACCUUCUUCUCUUCAAAACAUUCAAAAUCACUAUUCCAUAGAUGAGUUUGGGAAUCCUAUGAACCAUUGGUACUUAUGCCUGAUAUGACUUUUUGAGAAAAGGCGUAUUCCUUUUUUUCAAAAGAAAUGCAAAGAUGGAGAAGAAACAAAAGAUUGUUCAGUAUAGGGAGAAGCUGGAUAGGACCCUUGCCUCACCUGAUCUUACAAAUGUUGAGAUACUCAAAAAGCUUGUCAAAAGUCAACUCCUACCUUCACCAGAACUAGAAGAUGAAGGAUAUAAGGAGAAAUUAGUAGAACAUAAGACUGCAGAGAUAUCUAACUUUCUUGAUAUGUUGAGGAGUGCUUCAGAUGAUCAUGGAAGGUCUAAUGCAUCACACACUGAUUGGAAAUUAAAACAGGAUAGCGAAGAAUUCCGUGUUAUGUAUCGUGAAGGACCGGAGGGAACUCCCUUUCAUACGCUGCUAGUGGAAGGCUUUGUAGAUGGACCUGUUGAUGUUUGUUUAUGUAUCUCAUGGCAGACCUCCCUUUACCAAAAAUGGUGGCCUCAGUCUACUAUUCCUGCUUUCAAAAUCUUGUCAUCUGAAUGUUUACAGAAGGUCCAGAUUGGGGAACAAAUAUCACUAGUGAGGAUGAAGGUUUCAUGGCCUCUGUCUUUGAGGGAAGCUGUAGUGCACUACUAUAUGUUUGAAUACUUUCAAGAUGACUUAAUUGUUGUUCUUACGAAUUCGGUCCCUGAGUUGAAGAGUGUCAUGGUGGGGACCCUUUCUGGUUUAAAUAAUGAGGCGAUUCCGGAAGCAAAGGAUGUCGUGAGGGUUGAUUUAGUGGGAGGCUUUGCUUUGCAAAAGUUGACGUCCGAAAGAAGUUACUUUCGGACAAUAACAAAUAUGGAUGUGAAGCUGGAUUUUGUUCCUCCGUCCAUGAUAAACUUUAUUUCAAGGCAGCUCAUCAGCAACGGUUUCAGACUUUAUCAGAAGGUUGUGGCUUCUGUGAUGAGCCGUGAUAAUGAAGAAUUCAGCAAGGCCUUGGGGGAUCCAUUGUAUGCUAGAAUUCGCAAGGCUCUAUAUAGCGGCACUACUACUAGUAAAUCAAAGGCUGUGAAUAGCGGAGAGCUUCAGCAAGUUGCAAGAAUUCACCCUUCUGAAGAUCUUUUUGAAACUAAGCUGGGUGGGGGAAAAGAUGUAUCUAUACAGGAUCAAAGAAAUCAACAUUCAAAUAAUGUCAUGUCAUCGGCAAUGAAUGCGACAGUACUAGAAAAUAGGAAAGCUUUCGGUGAGAUUGUAGAAUUAGGUAAGGAAGAGAAUAUGAAAAGUGUGGACGAUGAUGAGAAAGUAGACGACAUUCUGAAUGACGAAGUUGGUGAAAAUGUACAAGAAGGCAAGAGGAGUGUAUUUAUCCGCUCGGAGGUUGAACAGGCUCUAGAAACAUUAGACAAGGCCAUUUCAAUGGUUAGGGAAUACCGAUUAAAUUCAAGGAUGGCCUCUUCUAGCUUUGCCAAUGAAGAGUCACCUUGCAUGAAAAGAUAUGGUAGAGUUGAUUCAUAUUCCAUAAAAAAUGUUAAACCUUGUCAUAAAAAUGAGGUAUCAAAUAAAGAUAUACUGGAGGGAACUUCACAAGAAGCGCCUCAGACUAACUCUGGCAUCCGAAACUUAAGGUAUACAGGAACAAAUCCUAACUUAAAGGAAAUAAAUCCUAUCAAAGUAAUUCCAACUUUAUCAAAGCAACAUAUUUCAAGACCUACCGAGGCAAGCAAUGCAAUAAUGGACGGAGCAACAUGCCAGAACAAGCAACUAAACAUUGAUUUGGUCCAAGACAUGUCUUCAGAUGACAAAGUUAAGUCAAGAAGGGAGAAAAAUAUCAACACCAUUGUGACACAAGGUAUGUCAUCAAAUGCACCAAAAAAGUUGAGCAGGCAGAAAAAAUGUACGUGCUUUGGUUUUCCUGCAUUAACCAAAAGGGGAAAGUUUAAUAGGAGAGGAUAGAAGACAUGGUAUUUUGAGGAAAGUUUAACCCCAAA